AUGGGGGGUAAGGAGUCUAGAGGUAGCAAGUCCCCUAUACAAGAAGAUGUAAAUGCAGUAGAUGAGGAUAUUGUCAUGUCAGUAGAAUUAGUUAGGGAUGGGCAGAGUCAGGGACAGGAAGGGAAGGAGAGUGAUGUGGAAGGGAAUCAGGGAGUUGAGAUAGUUGCUAUGGUAAGUGAGGAUAUAGGUAAAAAUGUGAUAGAAGAUUAUAAUCUGAUAGAUGUAACUGUCCAGCAAGAGGAGCAUAAGAGUGCUAAAAAUAAAAAUCAGAGAAUUUUCAUUAGGAUAGCUAGGAGUAAGGGUGUGUCUGGUAGUGAAAAAGGGAUGGGAGGGGAUAGCAGUGGGCUUGCUGUUAAGAGAGGGGAUGUAGGAUAUAAAAGGAAAUCUAGUGGGGAAGAUUCAGGUCAAAUGGCUAUGGUUAGAGGGAUUAAAGCAGUCUAUAUCAGUGGAAAAAGAGCUGUUGGAACUCAGGGAAUGGCUCAUACAUGGCAUACAGCAAGGAUGGUCAAAGGUGGAGGUAUUCAUUAA